AUGCCAACUUUCAAGCAAGUCGACGUAUUUACGUCCCAAAAGUAUCGCGGGAACCCUGUGGCAGUGUUCUUCAAUGCCGAAGAAAUACCAGAUCUGGAGAAAUCAUUGAUGUCUGCCUGGACAAAUCUAUCAGAAGCCACUUUUGUUCAGAAACCCACGCACCCGGAGGCUGAUUACAAAGUGCAGAUUUUUGCCUUGCAGGAAGAGCUCCCUUUCGCCGGGCACCCUACUAUUGGAACAUGCCAUGCUUUACUUGAAGCGGGGUUGAUCGAACCCAAGAACGGAAAAAUCGUUCAAGAAUGCGGUGCAGGGCUUGUGACCCUCUCAGUUUCUGAAGCCGAGGAAGUUGAGAUUCUGUUUGUUUUGCCAUAUGCCAAGCCAAUUGGUGGCCAAGAACAAUAUUUAGAAGAACUUAGCUGUGCCCUUGGUGGAUUCAGAUUAUUAGGUGCAUUCGGUUAUGAUGUAGGUCCCUUGUGGUAUGUCGUGGAGCUAGAGAACGCUGAGGUUGUGAUUGGGUUGACACCAGAUUUUGCUGCUCUAUCAGCACUAUCAGAAAAGAUGGGUAUUACUGGCUUUCAGGUUUUGGGAAGGCACGCCGAACAGCAUACUUUUGAAACACGUACAUUUGCCCCACUAGUUGGCAUUAAAGAAGAUCCAGUGUGUGGAUCUGGAUCCGGUGCCACUGGAGCGUAUCUCAGGGAUAAAAAAGGAUUUAACGGCGUUGUUUAUUUGAGACAGGGCACAGUAUUGAACAGAGAAGGCAGAAUCAAGGUCACUUGCGACAAAGAGAUUUCAGUUAGAGGUUCCGCCGUCACGGUUAUCAACGGAGAAUAUUAG